AUGCUGGGGACUCGGUGGGCGUUGUUGGUCCUGGUGCUAGCGGUCUGCGGGGAGUUCGCAAUGGCCCUUCAAUGUUACACCUGCCCUGAGCCCACCAGCGUGUCCAGCUGCCUCACCGUGACCACCUGCAUAGCCAAUGAGACCAUGUGCAAGACAACACUAUACUCCCUGGAGAUCGUGUACCCGUUCCUGGGGGACUCCACGGUGACCAAGUCAUGCGCCAGCAAAUGCGAGCCUUCAGAUGUGGAUGGUAUCGGCCAGACGCGGCCUGUGUCCUGCUGUAACACCGAUCUCUGCAAUGUGGACAGUGCCCCAGUCCGGGGAGGCCCCAGGGGCCUGGCCUGCGCCCUGUUGCUGGUCUCCCUUUGGAGCCUCGGACUCUAG